AUGCAACGACCAGAACCACCAACAAUGUUUCCACCUGUUAGACAACUUUCUAGUUACUAUAGUGGACCAGCAAUAGCUGAAGCUGUUCUUCGCUCUUGGAAUUUACUCCCAAUAAGGCUUGGAUUACAUUCAGAUGCUGGAUACCAACAGUUUCUUGCUGGUGAUGAAUACAUGAAAACUGAUGCCAACAGAAGAACAUUUCCAGACGAUUGGGUUCGAGUUGUCAACCAUAUUGUGAUGAGUUUGGAUUUAAAUGCAAAAAGGAAAUAUUCAAGAAUAAAAUUGGCACAAUCUGAGAACUCGAUUAAUGACGAAUUUUAUCAGAUUGUGUUGAGAAGUUUAAGUCAUAAUGUUCCCGUUGCAAUUGCUUUCGUUGGUCAAACACAAGAGUCAUAUGAUAUGAUGGGAGCACGUUACAAUUACCUUUUAGUUACGUCUUUGACUGGUAUGGGUGAAGCAACAAGUUAUACUUAUCUUGAUCCCAGUGAUGGAAGUUUUCGUCAAUUUGAUACCAGUCAAUUAACGUAUCUUCUUGCUGGUGGAGUUAAUCAAAAUGGUGAAGAAGUUCCAAGUUAUGUCAUUGCUUAUCUCGAUAGUGCUGACAAAAUCUUUCUCAAUUCAUUGGGUGCAACGACACAGCAGCAAUCAAGUGAUGAAUGUAAUUUUCUAACAAAGUUAACGAGUGUUUGCACGACUUUGUCUCGAACGAAGCGUUCAGCAUACAGAUCAUCAACAUGUAUGGCUGUUGAUUCAACAAAUCCUAUGUUCAAUUAUGAAGAUUACAUUCAUGUGGUUUACAAACUUAUUGGGCGAAAUGGUAUUCAAAUAAAGCUGACUCGACCGACUGCAAUGACUCUUGAAAGAGUUUUUAUGGAAAACGAUAGACAAUCUUUCUUGCAGUAUCUCGAAACAUUACUCACAAGAAUCGUUCAAAAAGGAACAGUCAAUGAUUCGGAUCGAAGUCAUGCAGCUCAAGUUAUUUAUGAUGGAAUGCCAUAUUUCCACGAGAAAACAUUAACGCUCCUUCGUCAAGAUGAUAAUCGAUCUAUUUUUAUUCAGACAUAUCGCGCUUACAGUUUCCAUGACACUGCAAAGAGUAUUGGAACUGAUAAUACAAUUUACAUCGAAGAUCAACCAAAAGCUUGA